GCAUAUUCCAGCAAAAUUGGAAUAUUCAAACAUGUUCUUUUACAGGACAUAGCAUUAGAAGUUUUAUAACACAUCAUAAAUCAUGGAUGAAGAGAUCAGGUUUUUGAACAAUUGCUUGAGCAGUGCGCGGCAGGUUCACACGCUUGUUUCCGCUUCUUUUGCUGGUACGGAGGGAGGGGGUCACUCAAUCCUUUUGGACGAACCGGUUCAAAAUUAUUUAAAGUAUCUCUACUCUAAAUAUGCAAACCAUACGGCGCUACAAUCUAAGCUACAUUCCGGGAGGUCUCUGUAUUACUUACAGUGCUUAAGCGAUCCGAAUUCGAGGAAGGACUUCCUUCAGAUUGCAUCCAAUCCGAGCUUUAUCAAUACCGAUUAAUUACCAUUUAUCUAUCUUGUGUUCGCUUCCUCGUGCUCUUCCUGUUGAUUGAUGGAAAUACUUUUUAUCGAUAUUGUACGAGGGUAAACUUUCUGCCUGGAAACCUAAA